CCCUAAAUAUUUGAGUGUUUGUAGGCAGGCACAAAAGCUCGGUGAAUGUAUGUUGUGCUCUGAAUUAUCAUUCCUCGAGCUGUCUUUUUGAAGUAAACAGAAAGCACACUAGCCGGUAGCAGCUCUCAGUUUUCUUACAUGACUUUCGCACGCACCUGGGAUCCCAGAGCUGCAUGCAGUCAUGUGGCCUGUAGUGUGGACAGCGUUGCGGACCUAUGCUCCGUAUGUCACCUUCCCUGUGGCUUUUGUGGUCGGAGCAGUGGGCUAUCACCUGGAAUGGUUCAUCAGGGGCACCCCCAAAUCCAGAGAGGAAGAGAAAGGCAUCCAGGAACUGAGGGAAGAAAGAAAGCUGCAGGAGCAAGUGGGCAUGGACAGCACAAAGGUGCUGAGCCUCAAAGAGAAACUGGAGUUCACACCUAAAGCGGCUCUGAACAGGAACCGACCUGAAAAGAGCUAAUCCCCUGUUUCUGUGAUAGACUUGCGUUUGACCUUUUUUUUUCAGCUGGAGGACUGUGCACUGAGAGCAGAAGAGAGGGUGAUCAUUGAAUCAUACAUUCUUCCUUAUUCAGCUCAGCUCCACUCUCAUGGAAAUCCACAGCAAAAACUUGCCUGGGUGAACACUGGGAAACUUUUAGUAGCUUGAAUAUAAUUAUUUCUUCUACAUAAUCAAAGGCUGUACCAAAUUCUCCAAUCAUCUACUUGAUGGUGCAUGUGCAUGCUUUUUAUCAAUAACUUAAGCCAUCCACUGUCAUUAGAACACCUUAUUGUAGAACCUUUGAGUGUUCAGUCUUUAAUCUGACAAAGUUUUAUGUGAUUUGAAAACAGACUUGGAUGGAUUACAUACAUCUGGUUGUGCCAGUAUGGUAAAUGUAUAUAAUUGCGACUUUGUUAUUAAGUCACUCAAAUGUCAUUUGUCAUUCCACGACCAGUUUUCAUGUUACAGACCUGUCUGGGUUUUUGGGGGUUUUUACUCCUUUUGAUCAUUUCUGUUUAUAGAGACAGGAAGUCCGGCUGUCAUAAAAGAAGAGAAGAACGACAGGACUUUGCUGGAACCUUUGAUGAUAUGUGACAGAACAUAAGCCAGCAUUGUGGGCGGUCUCCCAGGAUGUUUAAGCUGCUUAGUUGUAUUGUCUGGAACCAUGUGCUCAAUACUUUCAUUUUAGAAAGUCUGGAUUUGCACACUUUAAAAAAACAAAACAAAACAGUAAUAAUAAUAGUCCUGCUGAAAAAAUGUGAUAAAGAAGUUUGUGUGCUCCAGGUGUUUCCUUGAGUGAUGUUUCAGUAAAUUUUUACAGCUUCUAUUUGGGAAUUAUCAAAAAGGAGCUUUCAUGAAGUUAGUUAAUUCUUACUUUAAAAAAGAAGAAGAAAGAAAACACUUGAACUCUGUCUGUGUCAGCGCUGUUUCACGUUCAGUUCUGAGCAACUGUGUCGAACCUCUUUUUGUGAAACAAUGCUUCUGCCAGUGGCGGAAAGUAACUUAAAAGUCAAAGGAAGGAAGUAAUGACUCCACUCGUUCAGCUUCAAGGGGGAAAUUAUUAUGCUGGGAAACCAUUAACUGAUUCACCUUUGGAAUUUAGCCCUUGUGCUAUUUGGCCAUCUUAAAUCGAUUAAAGGAAAGAGCGAUCCACUUGAAACAAGACUUUUUAUUCUCUGGUUUAAAAACGUAAACUUUAACAAGUAUAAUGUUUCUAAUACUGUAAAUAUAUAAACAGCUUUUAGCAAAUUUCUAGAGAUAAUUGCAUGUAAAAAUGUCAACUUCCCAUUCAUCAAUUUUCUUCCACUUACCUGAAUAAAGGUUGUGAAGGACA